AUGCUUCUGUACCCUGACCUUCUGGCCCUACUGCUCCUCCAGCUUGCGCUCUCCAGCCCAUGGACACUAGCCUCCCGGCUGCCUCCUCUCAGUGGAGGGAAUCCCUUCAGUAAGGGCUCCCAGGUGGCUAGGGCCCCCACACAGAGGCAGCAGUCUGGAGAGCUCAGCACCACCGUCCUGGCCCUGGGGGAGCCCUGUGGGGUCUACACUCUGAGCUGUUCCCGUGGACUCCGCUGCACCCCACCACUGGGGUACCCCAGCCCCCUCCAGGCCCUGCUGCAGGGCAGGGGAGUCUGCAGCAAUGCCAGUGGGCCCAGCCCUUCUGAGAGGCCCCAGCCCACAGCCACACACCCAACACCCAGUGAAGACCUGGAGAAGGCUCCAUGCCGUAGGCUGCUUAACACUGUACUUAAAGGUCUGCAGCCCCUGGUCUUCCAGUCGGACUGUGCUGAUAUAUAUAUGCCCAACUGUGACAAGCAUGGUUUCUUCAGAAAGAAGCAGUGUCGGUCGUCUCGGGGCAUGCAUCGCGGCCACUGCUGGUGUGUGGACAAGAGUGGUAUACCAACCCCAUCACACACAAGCCCAGAGGGCACCCUGAUCUGUGACAACGCAUGAAAGGGCACUGUCCAGCCCACCCUAUCCUGCAGUCUGGAAUAUGGGCCAUAGGGUGAGGAUCGAGAUGAAGAAAAGUAGAGCAAGAUGAGAAUAAAAGAGAGGGAUAGAAAAGGAGGAAAAGCGAGGGAUGGAGGAGGAAGCACUUCCCAAAGUGCUUUACACUAAAUGGCUGAUACAAGCCAAAGUUUGCGUACCACAUGGCACCCUAUUCCCUAAGUAGUGCACUAUGUAGGGAAUAAGGUGCCAUUUGGGACACACACAAAUUCACCAA